UAAAAUUACAACGGAUAAAUCGAUCGCUGACAUCCAUCACAACACUAACCUAAUGAACACAUCACUUACGAAUGUGAAUACGCGACUAGACAAAUAUGACACAAUCAUUGGACAUCUCACCACUAACAUCAAUUUACUUAGCAAGAAAGAAAUUUCAUCCGCCCAAGAACGCCCUCGCAAAAUAUCCAAAAAAGCUACACCAUAUGAUCAAACUUCGUAUAAAUCAACCAAAUCCAAAUACAACCUUAGAAAUAACAAAGAAUAUAACAAUUCAGCCGAAGAUAGUGAAUUCGUCCCGGCAACAGAAGAUGACACUGACAUCCCUGAUGACGCUGCUAUGUCGGAUGGUGCCAUCUUCAAAGGCAUAAUUGACAACACACUAGACGAACCCGUGAAAAAUGACACUUUCACCGUUAAAUCUUAUAACCCAUUGAACCUCCUCCCGAGUUUCAACGCAACACGUUAAUUGUUGAUAACAAAUCCUCAACACAUAUUUGGACUCACU